UACCAGCCGGAGGAGGGAGAGGAGGACCCCUUCAUCUGCUCAGCAAUUCGGGAGAACGGAAUGUUGCGUUGCCAUGACGUCCCGCCCUACAGCGAGGGAGGGGCUGAGUGCUCACUGCCCGCGCCCUCUCUCGGCGGGGAGGGCGGGGCCAGAGACGGCUGUGUGAACUGGAACCAGUACUAUAACGUCUGUCGGCCCGGCAACGUCAACCCUCACAAAGGAGCGGUGAACUUUGACAACAUAGCCUACGCCUGGAUAGCCAUCUUCCAGGUGAUAACUCUGGAAGGCUGGGUGGACAUCAUGUACUACGUUAUGGAUGCCCACUCCUUCUACAAUUUUAUAUAUUUUAUACUGCUCAUCAUAGUGGGCUCUUUCUUCAUGAUCAACCUGUGCCUGGUAGUCAUAGCGACCCAGUUUGCGGAGACGAAGCAGCGCGAGAACGCGUUGAUGCGUGAGCAGCGAGCUCGUUACAUGUCCAACGACAGCACUCUGGCCAGCUACAGAGAACCGGGAUCCUGCUAUGAGGAGAUGCUGAGAUAUGUUUCGCACCUCUACCGCAAACUGACCCGACGAGUACAACGUCUGUACACUACCUGGCACAGUAAACGUCGUAAGAAGGUAAAUCCUGACGGAGGAGGAAGCGGUCCGGGGAUCGCUCGCAGAGCGUCCGGAAACGCCCCCUGGCUCCGCCCCAUUCACAACCUUCUGCAGCAUCACCAGCGUCACCACUGUCGGCAUAGCAACGGAGGACACACGCCCGUAGCAACAGGUGGGGAGGAGCUGGAGAUGAGGUCACUUCCUGUCCCGGGUCGUGACCCCUCUGUGACCCCUGGGCUGGGGUCGUCUCUCCAGGGUCGUCUGAACGGAGGGAUGAACUACCCCACCAUCCUGCCCUCCUUCGUCUGCAGCUACCCCCGCUCCACCCCCACACACCCCCACAAGACCCUCCCCACAAACCCCCACAACCCCCACAACUCCCUCCCCACAAACCCCCACAACCCCCUCCCCACACACCCCCACAGCCCUCUCCCCACACACCCCCACAGCACCCUCUCCACACAAGCCCCCAACACACUCCCCACACACCCCCACAGCACCCUCUCCACACAAGCCCCCAACCCCCUCCCUACACACCCCCACAGCCUCCUCCCCACACAGCCCUCGCCUCUCUCAGAAAUCAGCCCGGACCCCCUCAGCAAGCUACACCAACUCAUGGGACAGCACAGCCGUCCUCGGCUGCUGUACCAGCUGGCCGGCGUGGUGCCCUCCCCACUCCUCCUGGAGCUGUUGAGCUGUCCGCUGUGUAGCCGCGCCCUAGAGGGCAUGGAGCUGGACCUGAGCGACCUGGAGGGUUCUAGGGGAGAGGCCCACACCCUGCACGACUUCCCCCAGGGAGGAGAGGGGCUGGGCGGCCGCGGGAGGCGCCGGCGGAAGGCAGGGCUGGGGGUAGGGCUGGGGCUCGGGGUGAAGAGGGCCAGUAACAGGCUGGUGGAACUGGGGAAAGGAUUCAGAGACAGACUGAAACGCAUCGUAGACAGCAAGUACUUCAACAGAGGGAUAAUGAUCUCCAUCCUCAUCAAUACUCUCAGUAUGGGGAUAGAAUACCAUCAACAGCCGGUGGAGUUGACUGACAUCUUGGAGAUCAGUAACAUCGUGUUCACCUGCAUGUUCCUCCUGGAGAUGGUGUUCAAGCUGCUGGCCUUCGGCCUCUUCGGCUACAUCAAGAACCCCUACAACAUCUUCGACGGCAUCAUCGUCAUCAUCAGUGUCUGGGAGAUCAUUGGACAGGCGGACGGCGGUCUGUCCGUCCUGCGGACGUUCCGUCUGCUUCGUGUCCUGAAGCUCGUCAGGUUCCUUCCUGCCCUACGCAGACAGCUGGUGGUUCUGAUGAAGACUAUGGACAACGUGGCCACCUUCUGCACACUACUGAUGCUCUUCAUCUUCACCUUCAGUAUCCUCGGCAUGCACCUGUUUGGGUGUAAAUUCAACCUGCAGAUGGAGAAUGGAGACACCAUCCCAGACCGCAAGAACUUUGACUCCUUACUCUGGGCCAUCGUUACUGUGUUCCAGAUCCUGACUCAGGAGGACUGGAAUGUGGUCCUGUAUAACGGCAUGGCCUCCACCUCUCCUCUCGCUGCUCUCUACUUUGUAGCUCUGAUGACGUUUGGUAACUACGUCCUCUUCAACCUGCUGGUGGCCAUCUUGGUGGAGGGCUUCCAGGCGGAGGGGGAUGCCAACCGGGCGGACUCUGACGACGACAAGAGGUCUGAUGACGAUGGGGAGGAAGAGGAGAAGAAGAAGGCUGGAGAGCUGAAAGACACAGAGCUGAAGAUGUAUUCUCUGAUGAUGACGGCCAACGGUCACGCGGAACGCGACACUCUGGCCCCUCCCAUAACGAUCACGCGCACGGCGGCGACGCCCAGGAGCUCAUUGGGCCCCGAGUCCGUCCCGGGAGACGGGCUGGUGUACGGAGAUGUGUGUUCAGGGAUGGACUGCGGGGGUUCUCGUCGCCGCGGCAGCACUGCUGCUUCCGUAGACACCUCAGCCUACGACCAGCGCUCUCUGUCCAGCCCCGGCCAGCACUCGCCCCUCCCUCCUAGAGGUCAGAGUUCAGUCAGUGGGUGGGGCAGCAGAAGGUCAAGUUGGAACAGCCUCAAACACACCCCCAGCCUCAACCGCGCCCCCAGCCUCAACCGCGCCCCCAGCCUCAACCGUGCCCCCAGCCUCAACCGCGCCCCCAGCCUCAAACGUAGCAAAACCAGCGGCGAGAGGGAGAGUCUCCUCUCAGGGGUGGGAGGAGGAGGGGAGGAGGAGGAAGAGGGGUCCUUAGAGCUGCUGCAGGUGUCCUCUCUGGGCCCGUCGGUAACAGGGGAGUACGGGGACUGUAACGGGAGGAGUCUUCAUCACAUGACCUACGACCCCAACAAGGACAACCUUUCGCCUGACGAUGACAUGGAGGAGGACAACCUGUGGUUCCGGGUCAGGAGAACGCUGGAGAGCCACAAGCCACGCUGGUGUAGAGAACAUAAAGACUGGAACCUUUACCUGUUCUCCCCUCAGAACUCGUUCCGUGUGUGGGCUAAGGGGAUGAUCUCUCAUAAGAUGUUUGAUCACGUGGUCCUGAUCUUCAUCUUCCUCAACUGCAUCACCAUCGCUCUGGAGAGACCCGGCAUACAGCCGCACAGCACCGAGCGAGUGUUUCUGACUGUCUCCAACUACGUGUUCACUGUCAUCUUCCUGGCUGAGAUGACUGUCAAGAUCGUAGCGUUGGGGUUCUGCUGGGGUAAACAGAGCUACCUGAAGAGCAGCUGGAAUGUUCUGGAUGGGAUCCUGGUGUUUGUCUCUAUGGUGGACAUCCUGGUGUCUCUGGCCUUGACCGGAGGGAACCGCAUCCUGGGAAUCCUCAGAGUACUACGACUGCUACGCACACUACGACCUCUCAGGGUGAUCAGUCGAGCCCCAGGGCUGAAGCUGGUCGUAGAGACUCUGAUCACGUCUCUGAGACCCAUCGGAAAUAUCGUCCUCAUCUGCUGCGCUUUCUUCACCGUGUUUGGAAUACUGGGAGUACAGCUGUUCAAGGGUAAAUUCUACCUCUGCGAAGGCCUGGACACCAGGAACAUCACCACCAAGUCAGACUGUCUGCUGGCCAACUACCGCUGGACACGGAGAAAAUACAACUUCGACAACCUGGGACAGGCGCUGAUGUCUCUGUUCGUGCUGUCCUGUAAGGAUGGAUGGGUCAACAUCAUGUAUGAUGGCCUGGAUGCAGUGGGAGUAGACAAGCAGCCGGUGAGGAACCAUAACCCGUGGAUGCUCCUCUACUUCAUCUCCUUCCUCCUCAUCGUCAGUUUCUUCGUCCUCAACAUGUUCGUGGGUGUGGUCGUGGAGAACUUCCACAAGUGUCGACAGGACCAGGAAGAGGAGGAGCAGCGGCUACGGGAAGAGAAGAGGCUCAGAAUCCUGGAGAAAAAGCGCAGGAGUAAGGAGAAGGAUGGGUCCGAGGCCCAACAGAGACCUUACUAUGCAGACUACUCCCCGGUUCGUCUCACCAUCCACACGUUGUGCACCAGCCACUACCUGGACCUCUUCAUCACCGUCAUCAUCGGCAUCAACGUCGUCACCAUGAGCAUGGAGCAUUACAACCAGCCACAGUAUCUGGAGGAAGCUCUGAAGUACUGUAACUACUUGUUUACCUGUAUCUUCAUCAUCGAGACCCUGCUGAAACUAGUGGCCUUCGGACUGCACAGGUUUUUCAAGGACAGGUGGAACCAGCUGGACCUGGCCAUAGUGCUGCUGUCCAUCAUGGGCAUCACUCUGGAGGAGCUGAAAAUGAACGCAUCAUUACCCAUCAACCCCACCAUCAUCAGGAUCAUGAGAGUCCUGAGGAUCGCUCGAGUGUUGAAGCUGUUGAAGCUGGCUACAGGGAUGAGAGCUCUACUGGACACGGUCAUGCAGGCCUUGCCGCAGGUGGGGAAUCUGGGUCUCCUCUUCAUGUUGCUGUUCUUCAUCUACGCAGCGCUGGGAGUAGAGCUGUUUGGGAAACUGGAGUGUAAGGACAGUAAUCCGUGCGAGGGUCUGAGUCGCCACGCUACCUUUGAGAACUUUGGGAUGGCUUUCCUCACGCUGUUCAGAGUUUCUACUGGGGACAACUGGAACGGAAUCAUGAAGGACACGCUGCGUGAGUGUCUCCCAGAGGAGCGCUCCUGUCUGACCUACCUUCCCCUGAUGUCUCCAGUGUACUUCGUGACCUUCGUCCUCAUGGCCCAGUUCGUGCUGGUGAACGUGGUGGUGGCGGUGCUGAUGAAACACCUGGAGGAGAGCAACAAGGAGGCCAAGGAGGACGCCGAGAUGGACGCCGAGAUCGCGCUGGAGAUGGAGAGAGCUAGACGUCUUAGCUCCGCCUCUAACGCGGGGCCACGCCCACACUCACCUGGUCAGGAGGAGGAGGGUCAGUGCAGCCAGGAGGAGGAGCUUCUGUCGCCAAGGAAGAUGUCCGUAUCCAGGAUGCAUUCUCUCCCUAACGACAGCUACAUGUUUCCUCCUGUACGACCUGCUAGCGCCCCCUACCCUCUACAGGAACACACCAGCCCCCAGUACCAAGCCUCAGGCUGUGUAACAUCUGCGCAUUCCCAGCCAUGUGAAGACCAGGCUGUACUGUCCAGCCUCGCUCACCCUGGUCCCCCUCACAUCGCCCCGCCAAGGCCCUCGCCCAGGGGGCUGCGCAGACAGCUGGCUGUGAAGCUGGACUCAGUGGAAGUUCGGAGUGUCGCCUCAGUAGAGAGACAGGACCCCGUCUCAACCCUCCCCUCUCUCCCCCUGUCCCUCUCCCUGCUCUCCCCCCCCCCCCCUCUCCCCCCUUCCUCUCGGACCCCGCCGACGAGGAGCCGAGGGAGCGCGCUCAGUCUGCUGGGGGCAGGGCUAAAAGGUCACGACCCGAGGAAGGGCUUCAGCGUAGACACCCAGGGCUUCCUGGAUAAACCCCGUUGUCCUGACGACCAGCGACGACACUCCAUCGAGAUCUGCCCGUCCCCGCCGGAGGAGGAAGAGGAAGAGAGUCAGUCUCUAACCCCGCCCUCCAUCUCUAACCCCGCCCUCCAUCUCUAA